AUGGCGGCAAAUGAGACUGUGUCAGAAGCCUUUCGACGGGUUCUUUACGGACACAAAUUCGCAUCAUAUGAUGCAUUAGAAGAGGCAAUUAAACGCUUUAGUGAAGUGAGUUGUAUACUUGGUGUACUGAUCAUAGUUAGGAAACCGGUUACUACUUUAAGCCUGUGAACACACACAAAUUUUCCGCUGAGAACCCUAAUGCAGAGAAGUUCGUUAUCCACAGUCGUAAAUACGUGUGCGUGUUAGCCCCAACUCACAAGUAUGCUCAAGUUAGCGUUUGCUGUACAGCGCCCAUUUAGACGUGAGGGCUGUGACGCGUUCUUCAACAUAAUGCACCGCAGGGUGGGCUGUCUUGUAGUCACAUCGUUCAGGACGGAACAUGCCCACGAGCCCGUGCCUGUGAAGCCUCAGCGUUCUGAGCCGAAAAGCCCAGAUUCGCAGCUGACGGACUUCCACACACUACGUCCUUCGUCGAAAAGUAAAGAUAUUCAACUCAAUUGUAAACCGUUGCAGCGGAUGAGCAAACCACAGUCCUAUGUUAUUUGUUCAAGAAAAUUAUGCGGAGUGGAGUCUAUGAUAGUUUCGACGACUUAAUGUACGCGGUGAGGAAAUACGAGCAGGUAAGCGUAGUAACGGAUCUGUUACUUUGCAGGCUUCCUAUACGAGCUUCACGCGAAGUCGAAGCAAUAGACUGCAGUCAGAUCAUCCCCGCGCUGAUAGUUUGAAGUACCGUUACGUGUAUUUCAUUUGUUCGCAAGGCGGGGUGUUUCGCGGCGCUUUUUCGAGGACAAGGUCGACGUAAGCUCCUAGGGCCGAAUUUCAAACCAUUUAGGUCACUGAAGCUCGGUUGCACAGCACGUUUUACGGCAAUUGCACAUGAGGGUAAACUGCACGUGAAAGCGCUUAAUUUGCGCCACAAUCACAUUUGCAGUAGGAAAACGGCCUCAGCAUACCGGAAGUUCCGGCGGUAAGUGGCUGACCGAAGAAUCUGCUACACCUAAUGUAUCAGAUGCGACCCUCGUUGGGGCCUCUGAAGAUGUAUCUUGGAAGUAAAUUCGCUUUACCAAAACGCAGUCAUGGAUUGCUACGGUCUGAUUUAUAAGACGAAGGUAAAAAAAAGAACGACAGAGCUCAGCAUGUGUUUUACCUUUUCCGGAAAGCCGUCUACGGUUGCUCCGUCACUAUUUUUUUUAGUGAUGAGUAGAAUCAGGAAACGUGUUGCCAUGCUCCGGCUCUGCAUUGUGGGCAACUGGUGGCGAUGUAGACGCCGGUGGGCCCAUUAUGUCCGAUGUAUGUUAGCAACGUACGGCGAUACUACCACAAAGCCUACAAGAGCUUGAAGCCGCGUGUUGUGAGUGCUCCAGAUGUUGGCUGGGCACACCUCAGAUGUUCAUUUCACCCGGCUUCCUGCAAACGCCGACGUCAAGCCUUCGAGCGAUGCGGUCGGCAAGUGCAGCUGUCGGCUUCACCAUAGCUGACAACAACCGUGUCUUCACACCCUGAGCUUCGUGGAGCCGCAUACUAUUAGCCCCUGCCCGUCUCUUCGAAAGAGCAGAUGGGUUUCCCAUGUAGAAGUCUAUGAAAACCCUUUAGCUGACGAAAAUGUUUACCCGGAAGGCCGUUGCGCCAUUCAGGACAUACAUUCUUGUUAGAAAAGGGCGGAGGACGUUAGAAACCUAUAGGUACGAGGUGACCAUGAGUCACGCGCAGCCUAUCGUGAAGUUAGUUGUGGAAGUCGGCGCCUCGAAGAGUUGUUACUGGCGGUCGAUGUAUUCGCCGACCGCAUCAUGAACGCGCCCUCUUGUUAUUUACAAGGGUCGCUUGUCGGCCCCACAGCAGAGCGAGGGUAAAAUGAAGAACGACACGAAGAACGGCGUCGUUAAUUGUGUGCUAAUGGAGGAGGAUGGUAUGUUUGUCGCGCUGCGGGGUUCUAGCCAAGACCCUUCAGCACGUGUUCUGCACGGUGACAAGCUGCUCCCCAACUUCACCUUCGUGGCUUGCCGUGCGCGAACUACCCCUGGACGACUCGCAAACCUCUAAGUAGUCGCCCAGCGAACGUGACUAUCUCUACGAAUGGUGCGAGCACUAGUCGUACUCAUAUGAACCCUGGGGUACCUAGUUGGCAUUCGGAGGGGAUGGCCGUGGACGUUCACGAUUGUUCUUUUGUGCACAGGUAGUGCCUGCGGCGGAAAUAUCGUAGCAAGUAGGAGGCAUUUCUCAGUGUGCUUCAUGCUGGGUUCAUGUGCUGUGCUUUAUGUGGGUUGAAAAUCCACAGCUGUGACAGGCGGUUGUGCGAUUUUCCACCACCCUGACCGGUGGGGCUGCGAUGCAGGAACUUAGCUUGUAGCGUUUACGUAACCUGUGCGUAAGUUAUGGGCCACGGACCUUGUCAUACCCUUCCAACAAACGCGUAGCACGCCAAUGCACUUCCCCGGCUAAAGUAAGCUGCCAUUACCACAAAGUGCAAAGAUUUCCAAGCACAGGUAAUGAUACGUCUUGUAAAUUUUAAUUAUAUCCCGACAUAUAGCCCCCCCAGUCGAUAGAAGAGAUCAGGAAAGGAAGGACUGUCUGCUGAUAAGCAGGUUAGUUUAAUACUAUCAACGGUGCAAUAAAAAUGCUAUAAUUUAUAGCCAGCCACACUGCAGACCACCUAAAAGGGGAAGCCUUCUCAACCAGACAGAAAGUCACCGUUAUCUCUGUCCAGUAGACUUCAUGGAUUCAGUUACGCUGGUGUGCAUUCGCAUGAGUGCGCAUAUUCCUGAAUUCGAGGCCCUCCGGAUGGCAGCCUUCAGCCACCCACUGUGA